AGCCGCUCUGGCCCAGACGCGGCCGCUGCCCGCGAGCCGCGCCGCCUCAAGUGUCCGGCGAGCGCGGCGGCCGCCCGCCGGCGUUUUGGUGCGGCAUGGAGGCCGCAGGCGGCGGGGAGGAGCGCCCUGCCGGUAAGAAGAAGAAGGAGAAGAAGGGCGCUGCAUCUGCGGCGGCGCCGGAGCCCGAAGGCGGUGCAGAUGGCGCCAAGAGCAAGAAGAGCAAGUACCGCCGAGACAAGCCCUGGGACACCGAUGACAUAGACCACUGGAAGCCCGUCGAGAUCUCCAAGGAAGACGCCCCGAAAGGUGGGCUGCUCACCGAGGAGAGCUCGUUUGCGAUGCUGUUCCCGCAGUACAGGGAGCAGUACCUUAAGCAGGUUUGGCCAGACGUGAAGAAGGUGCUUGCAGAACAUGAGAUCAAGGCAGACCUGAAUCUUGUGGAGGGUUCGAUGACUGUGAAGACGACCCGCAAGACUUGGGACCCAUACAUUAUCAUCAAGGCCCGCGACAUGAUCAAGCUGCUCGCGCGCAGCGUUCCGCUGCCGCAGGCGCAGACAAUCCUGGAGGACGAGAAGUACUGCGACAUUCUGAAGAUUGGAGGCCUGGUGGCCUCGAAGGAGCGCUUCGUCAAGAGGCGGCAGCGCCUGGUUGGCCCGAAUGGCUCCACCCUCAAGGCCAUAGAGCUGCUGACGCAGUGCUACGUCCUCGUGCAAGGGCAGACGGUGAGCACGAUCGGGUCCAUAAAGGGCAUAAAGCAGGUCCGCAGGAUAGUCGAAGACUGCUUCAAGAACAUCCAUCCGAUCUACCACAUAAAGGAGCUGAUGAUCCGCCGGGAACUGGAAAAGGACCCUGCCCUAAAGGACGAGAACUGGGACAGAUUCCUGCCGCACUUCAAGAAGAGGAACGUGCAGCGGAAGAAGAUGAAGCUGAGAAAGAAGAAGACCAAGGAGGUCUUCCCGCCGCAACCCACACCUCGGAGAGAGGACCUGCUCAUGGAGAGCGGAGAGUAUUUCCUGAACGAGCAGGAGAGACUGGCGAAGAAGAAUGCAGAGCGAAGGGAGGCCCAGCGCGAGAAGAGCACCAAGAAGAGACAGGAGCGGGCCAAGGAGUUCGAGCCCCCCACUGCCGGAUCGUCUGGGGACGGGCCCGCCGCCAAGAAGAGGCGAGCCUCGGAUGCCGCCGCUGGCUCUGCCGGCGGCGAGAGCGCACAGGCCAUCGCCGAGAGGUUGAAAGCCAAGGCCACGGAGAAGAAGCCGCAGAAGAAGCGGGCUGCCAGCGACCUCCUGCUCUGAGUGACGGAAGGUUGUGGCCCUGCGCGUCGCGCGCACCGGGGCUUCCAAGGUGGUCCCUGGGGAACCUCCAGCGCAGUGCAGCCUCUGACUCCAGGACUGGCGCGGGCCGCUUGAGGAGACGCAGGUCUGCAAAAUGCUGGUUAUAUGCGCGCCCUUUCGACGCCCACCUCGUCGGCAGAAUCGCAGAUUGGAGAUCAUGAUCAAUGCCCAGGGCGCCCC